GGAUUGUUGUUAUCCGCUCUAGGUUACAAAUAUAUUUCUAGAUUGUAACGUCUUCGGCAGGUACCGACGACAGCGAUCAUGGAGCCGUCGAUUGUUAACAUUGCCGGUCCCGCCGCAAACACGCCCGCUAAUAACAGCGAGGGCAUACUAAUAGGGGAUAAAGUAUAUUCUGAAGUCUUCCUUACCAUAGACAAUUCACUGAUUCCAGAGGAAAAGCUUUCCCCGACCCCGUCUAUGCAGGAUGGCCUCGACCUGUACACCGAGACCGACCUGCGGAUCCUGGGCUGCGAGCUCAUCCAGUCCGCCGGAAUCCUGCUGCGCCUUCCGCAGGUUGCCAUGGCUACUGGACAGGUCCUUUUUCAUCGCUUCUUCUACUCGAAGUCUUUCGUGAAACACAGUUUUGAGAUUGUUGCCAUGGCAUGUGUCAACUUGGCUUCGAAGAUAGAAGAAGCCCCUCGACGAAUUAGGGAUGUCAUCAAUGUGUUUCAUCAUUUAAGGCAGCUCCGAGGCAAAAGCGACCAGCUACAUUUACCAAUGCCUGGGUGAUGUGGAAUGGUACGUAGAGAUGAAGCAGUCGGCAUGGCAACAGUGAGCGAGGUGUCGCUUCCCCCCCUCCCCCGGGAGAAGCCAGUGGUCUGAAAGCGGUCACUGGGAUAUCGGGGAUCGACAGGUUGGCCGCUGGUCUGAAGCGUCUGGGUGACUCCUGUAUCUCAGUUUAAGCUUAUUGUCUCUGCCAGCACAGGUGAUGAUCUCAAUCUUCUUUUCAUUUUGCAAAAAAAAAGACACCUCACCACCACCACACAUGUCAUAGCUUCCACAGAAAUGUCUCACGCUGCACAUCCUAGAUGGAUCUUUCUUGUGUGUUCAUGUGACAGAAACUGUCAUUUUUAUUGAAUUACAAAGUUGGGUAUUGUUAGAUAUUUAUUGUUUUAAAGUUUGUUCGAAAUGCGGAAUUAUGUCGUGUAUUUAUGUUAAGUCGCGAAAUGUUGAUGUACAGUUAUUUGAGGGGUUUUGUCAGGGCAUGUUUGCAUUCGUCGUUAGAAAUCUUUGAUUGUUUUGUGUAGAUUUGUUUAUGAUAGUUAUGAAAUAAGAUUUCUUUUCAAGUUUUACGUAAAAAUAUAAGAAUUAAAGCAAAUUUAGACAAACUAUCUGCAUUUCUGGAUGUUGCCGUAAAAAAUGAAAGCAUUCUGAUAAGGACUGAUUAGUUCAUAAAAAUUUUUUAAUACAAAGUGUAUUUAAAUAUGUGUAAACCCGUUUAAUAAAAAGCGAAAACAAAUUUUUAGUAAAGUAAAAGAGAGACUACAUUAAUUUUAUAUAUAAAUUUUUCUCGCUUUAUUUAUUUUUUAUUGGUCUAUAACUGGAGUAUAUUAUUAUUAUUAUAAUUAUUAUUAGUAGUAGUAGUCGUAGUAGUAGUAUUUUUAGCCGUCGUCAUAGUAGUCCUAGUAGUUGUAAGAUUCAUAGUCGUCGUCUUCUCAUUAUUAUUAUUAUUAUUAUUAUUAUUAUUAUUAUUCAGCUGUAGAAAACUACAUUUGAUGGUAUUAUAGAUAGUUUCGCUUCUGAACACCUACCGUAUUAGCAUUAUAGCAAGAGUACAGGCCAUUUAAAUGCUUUUUACACUAGAAUUGCUGAUUUACUGAUUUUUGAGCAUGUGGUGAAGGUGACUAAUGUUAUGAUUACACCUCUAAAACCCCAUUGUGCUAUUCUCAGAUUGUGACUCAGCACUGUUAGCAUGUUAUUAUCUUGUUUUAGAAGCAGUUUUAUUUAUGCUUUAUAAAUGCUUUAAUGGCUAUUCUAAGACUAUUUGUGUUGUGAUUUUGUUUCCCAGUGUUGACAUAGUAUAACAGUUGGAUUUAUGCUUUCAGUUGUUUUUAAAAGACGUGUAUCUAAUUUCUGUUGAAGCUAUGAUGUGGUGAGAGGUGGAGCGCUUUGUUUUUCCUCCAACAGUCACUUGUGGCAGUGCGAAAAGUCUUACACUGAAAUUACAGGAGUCAAAACACUGGACCUGUUGCCUGUAGUUGGUUGAAAGGGAAAUGGAAUGAUUUGAAUUGAAAAUGAAGCAAACAAAAAAAGGCACUUUUUUCAUAUUCUUUAAUAGUAUUUGGGUCGUGGGAAAACCAUUUUACUUUCGUUCCUUCAUGAAUCAGGAGUCCAAGUCCAUUGAUACUUGAUCAGAACUACAUAAACACCAAAAACCAGGUGAUAAAAGCGGAGCGGCGUAUACUGAAGGAGCUGGGCUUCUGUGUUCACGUCAAACACCCACACAAGAUUAUCGUCAUGUACCUGCAAGUCCUUGAAUGUGAGAAGAACCAAACAUUGGUCCAGACAGCCUGGGUAGUCCAUGAUGGAACUACAUGAACGACAGCCUUCGCACUAAUGUGUUUGUGAGAUUUCAAGCUGAGACCAUCGCCUGUGCCUGCAUUUACCUCGCUGCACGAGUGCUUCAGAUAUCGUUACCCUCUCGGCCGAUUUGGUACCUGCUGUUUGGUGCCACGGAGGAAGAGAUCAAAGACAUAUGUACAACCACAUUGAAGUUGUACACAAGAAGAAAGCCAAAUUACGAUUUGCUGGAAAAGGAAGUGGACAAGCGAAAGAUGGCGAUACAGGACGCCAAACUGAAGGCCAAAGGACUGAAUCCAGAUGGCACCCCUGCUAUCUGUUCAUUUGGUGGAUUCUCUCCUGCAUCCAAACCAUCUUCACCUAAUAUAAUGAAAACCGACGAGAAGUCUCCCAACCUUCAAACACUCAAGGCAAUGAAAAAAGAACCAGAAGAUCGUCCUCAGGGGUCUAAGAGCCCACACAAUGGUCUCAGGAAGGACAGUAAAUUGGGUCGCAACAGUAGAAGUGCUAGUCGUUCUCGCUCUCGGACGAGAUCCCGGACCAGAUCACGUUCUCCCAGAAGACAUUACAACAACAGACGCAGUCACUCAGGCACUUACAGCUCUCGCUCGCGGAGCCGCUCUCACAGCCGCAGCCUGUCUCCACGCCGGCACACCAACCACGGCCCUCCAUCUCCGCUACUGCCACACUUAAAGUCAAAGCAGCGCUCGGACGACCUGCACCAGCACAGCAGACACAGCCACAAGAGGAAACGCUCUCGCAGCCGCUCUCGAUCCACCAGCAAACCUCGCGAGCGGGACAGAGAGCGGGACCGAGAGCGCGAGCGGGACAGAAGCUCCUCAGAUCUGGCGAAGAAGCACAAACAUGAGCGCAGCAGCGGCGGCGGACAUCACCGCGACCGGCGGGAACGCUCACGGUCAUAUGAACGCUCUCAUAAAAGCAAACACCACAGCAGCAGCCAUUCGAGCCACAGCCGCCACAGACGCUGAGUGUUUUCCUGUCACAUCACGUCUGCCAGUGCGCUUGUAUUCAGUUUAAGUGGUCGACGUUGACCUAGUCAUCUGUUUUAAUUAAUUUGAUUUUCUCUUGUGUUAUUUUGGAGUUUUAGUUUUAAACGUGGAAAGAAUGCGAAGCUACAUAUUUACAGUGUAAAGAUGGGUUCAAUGUUGAGGAAAUAUGAGAAAUGCUUUGAUUUAUAAAAGCAACCUUUUUCAGACGGUGGGAAAUCACUAGUUACAUUAAAACAAUUGGAGAUUUUCAGGAACGAUGGAGACUUUGCACAGGUUCAUGAAUGAAUAAUUGAGAGGCUCUACUGGUGAAGAAAAUUGGUUUGUCUGGAAAUAGAUCACAUUUUUUUUACAGGGGAUGCAGACUUUUUUUUCUUUUUUUUUCUUUUUUGGAUCAUGGUGACUUUGUUACACUGGUUUUUAGUCUGCACGUCUUCAUGUCUGAUUUUUACUCAAUAAAAAGUGACUUAUUCCUACUGUAAA